GAACAUUCCAGUUAAUUCCCCCGAAUUCAAUGGCGGGGAGAGCAAUUUUGAUCCCCACACAGAAAGAAACAAAGGAUCCCAAAAAUCCUGCUGCUUCAUUUCAAAUCCACCUCGUUUCACCUGCUAAUCGUCUGUUGAUUCCGCAUCGAGAAACUGCAUACAGAAUGCAGAGGGGAAGAGAAGGCAAAAUGGACCUCUUCGAUGCGGGCGACCCUAUGAUGUCUGGCCUCUUUGGAGGCAGAAAUCCUUUUGAUGAUCCCUUCUUCACUCGUCCCUUCGAUAGCAUGUUCGAACCUACCAUCUUCGGUCCAACUACUCCAUCUCGUGAAGCACCACUCAAGAGCCAUGUAGGAAAGGGAAUACUUAUAGAAGAACUGGACUCCGAUGAGGAAGACAAAGAAAGGGCUAAAGGCAUCACUAAGCAUGUCGGGUCGGGAAAGGAACUGUCUCUCGAGCACCCAGAUGAUAGCGAUGACGAUGGGAAGAUUCAGAGUGAUACUCAUAGAAAUGAGCAUGACAGCCACAUGGUGAAAGGCUCGAAACAACAGACUCGUAGUUUUAGUUUCCAGACUUCAAGAGUUACAUAUGGAGGUGUAGAUGGAACUUAUUACACUAAUACGAAAAGCAGGAAGACGGGCAGUGAUGGAGCGGUGAUUGAGGAGAGAAAAGAAGCAGAUACAACAACAGGUCAAGCAACACAUAGGAUUUCUAGAGGAAUUCAUGAUAAGGGCCAUUCUGUUACAAGAAAGCUGAAUGCAGAUGGUAAGGUGGACACAACACAGACAUUACACAACUUGAAUGAAGAUGAACUUUUGGAAUUCGAAAAGGCUUGGAAAGGUAAUAGUGAGGGUCAUUUGGCUGGUUGGAGUGAUGGCUUUAGCAAGCCUGCUAAUGCUGGACCUGGAAGUCAUGAACAGAUGGGGUUGGCAGUAAAGGACAGUCCGAGACAUCCAUAUAGAGAGCAUGGAAAAAACGGUGGAAAUCAAGGAGCAAACACUGAAGCAAGAACCACUUCUGGAGGUAGAAUGAAGAAGGUCGUUAGGAUUAAUAUUGAAUGAACCAGGUUUGACCAUACACCGGAUUCACCGAUUUAGUCCCUGUUAAGUUGAACCAUCUUUAUCCUGCUAGAUAUGUUUUUGUUUGGGAAUUUCUGGUAAACAGCCGGGUACAUAAACAUUAGAAACUUCUCACUAUUG